AUCAGUAUUUUAAUCCAUCAGGCCAGUGCUGCGGUAAUGCAUCACUUCAUUUUCAUGAUGUUUUCACUGUUAGUCAUUAUCGGGCUGCAAGUGAGCGUUCAGAGCGCAGCAAGACUUUCUGAGAGAAGUAUCCGCAGAAAUUUCUUAUCGGAGCUGACAGUGCCGAAUGGGAUGACCUGGGGGUCGUGGGGAUAUAAGGACAUGUGUCCAGCUGGAACGUACGCCGCAGGGUUCAGUCUCAGGGUGGAAGAACCUUCCCACAUUUUAAAUGAUGAUACAGCGCUCAAUGGGAUUCGUCUUCACUGUGUCAAUGUGUCCAAAGGCUACUACGCCGAAGUUCAGUCGGUUGUUGGACAUUGGGGCAAGUGGACAAAAAUCAAAUGGUGUCCUUCCGGAUUCUUGACCGCUUUCCAGCUGAGAGUCCAAUCUUCCCAAGGAAUUAAAGACGACACGGCCGCAAACAACAUCAGGUUCAAAUGCAGUCAAGGGCCUUUGGUAGAGGGCGACGGCACAGCUUGGGGCGAGUGGGGCGACUGGAGCCCACUGUGUCAGGGAAAAGGCAUUUGUGGCAUCACGACACGAGUGGAACAUCCACAGGGAAUGAGAGACGACACCGCUCUCAAUGACGUGCGCAUGCUCUGCUGCGAUUAAGGCGACGUGACUGCAAUCAAACGCUUGGAUUAUCACAUACUGCGGAGCAACUUAGUUUGGUUUUUCUUUCAGGUGUAAGAUGACGACAACAAGAACAGCCAGAAGAUGAUUAUAUAAUGGGAUUAUAAUAACUGAUCAAAUGCUAUGAUGAGCUAACAUAUUUGUAAGUCAUUCAGUAAUUUUGACUAAAUCAAUCCUAACAUGACGAUCAUGAGUUCUCAAAAACGCAGAGGCUGACUAGAUCAUCCUGCUUAUUUUUAAAUUAUUCUUGUGCCAAAUAUCAGCACUAAAGUCUUUUUCUAAGAAGCACCUUGUUGUCUCAUAUCCUUUAUCACAAUAUUUUACAUCAGAUGUUUGAUUACAUUAAUGCAUGUGGCAGACCGUUCGAUCUAAAGCAACUUACACUGCAUUCAAAGUAAUUGUCUUAUCUGUUCAUGCACAUCCUGGAAAUGAACAGUAAACUCUACAGGAACACUAUAUGUGACCAUGGACCACAAAACCAGCCAUAAGUGUCCAUUUUUCGAAACUGAGCUUUAUAUAUCAUCUGAAAGCUGAAUAAAUAAGCUUUCCAUUCGUCCAUCGUUAGGAUAGGACAUUAUUCGACAGAGAUACAACUAUUUGAAAAUAUGGAAUCUGAGGAUGCAAAAAAAAAUCAAAAUUUUGAGAAAAUCACCUUUAAAGUUGUCCAAAUGAAGUUCUUACUAAUGCAUAUCACUAAUCAAAAAGUUUUUAUAUAUUUACAGUAGGAAUUUUACAAAAUAUCUUCAUGAAACAUGACCUUUACUUAAUUUCCUAAUGAUUUUUGGCAUAAAAGAAAGAUCAAUAAUUUUGACAAUGUAUUUUUGGCUAUUGCUACAAAUAUACCCCAGCGACUUAAGACUGUUUUGUGGUCCAGGGUCACAUAUUUAUGAGCAAUACUGUCAUCCAUGUUACUCUUAACUUUAUUAUCUUCUGAGGGCAUAUUUAUAUCCUAUUCAUACUUAUAUUUAUUAUAAAAAUAAAGUUUUGUUUAUUGACAAUGAUGGUUCCAUGAAGAACCAGAAAAGGUUCUGAAUUGUGCUUCACACUAAUUUAAAAAAAAAAAUAUUUUAGGAACUGUUUCCAAAAUGUGGAAUCACUGCACAAAAAAAGUAUAACACAUAUAUUAAAAUUUCUUAAUUUAGCUUGAGAUGGCACAAUGCAAUUUAUUGGCAGAAUAUUAUAGAACGCAUAAUCCUGAGAUCUGCUAGAGCCACUGAAAAAUGGAAAAUGGGCUAUUAGAUACAGUGCCAUACUGUGUAUCACGCACACAUUUCAAACAUAUCAUCUAUUCAUCCACAUGAGCCAUUUGUGUUUGGACCCAGAUGAUUUCUGCUUGUGGCUAUAUUUUUGAUGUUAUUGUUUUUAAGUUCCAUCACCUGGAAACAGAAGAACAUGACCUGGGAUUUGGAGUCGUCUGACCUCACUGCUCUCGUAUCAUGAACUCAAGCUGGUGUUUAGGGUUGAUUUCUGCUUACAGUUUUCUAUUUAAUAUUAAUAUUAAGAAUUCAUCAAUCAAAGCCGUUUUAAAAGGCUUAUGGAUUUACUGGUAAUAAGCUGAUUUUGUUAGCAUGCAGAUCACUGACAUUUUAGUUUUGCAUAAUUUGUCUGAUUAUUAACUUGAACAAUAAGAUGAACAUUAUUUAGCAAAACUAACAGAGUACAGUGUUUGUUUUUUUUCUUAUUAAACAGUUAAUUUGUAUGAAAAUACUUCAUGAUAUUUAAAUUCUCAUUGUGUCCCUCAGAAAAAACGUCAUAUGGGUUUCAAUUAACAUAAGAGAGAAAGUAAUUGAUGACUGAAUUUACAUUUUUACAACUGUUCCUUUAACACUUGCUUACUUGCAAGCACUGAUAUUUACAUUAGGAAAAGUACUCUGAAUGUAAGUAAACCUGUACGCAAAUGGCCAGCAUUUAGGCUCAGUUCAAUAUUCUCAGUUUCUUAAAGUGCCCCUAUUAUGCGUUUUCAAAUAUGAUCUUUCAUGUAGUGUGUCAUGUAGCUGUAUGUGAACAUAAACUAUCUGCAAAGUUGUGAAGCCGACAGUGCACGAUACAUAAAGUUAUUGUCUAUCAAAAAAAAGAGUCGACUCACAUUUGCCUAAACGAGUCAUCAGGAUUUCGAAUCUUUUUCUGUUACGGUCACACGUCACGAAGUAACAGAUUUGCAUAAUGUCCACCCACGUUCUACGUCGCAAACAACUUGCCCGCUCAUACAUUUCCAUGGGGUUUAGGUCACAUGGAAAUUUACACGUACAUUAUACAGAAGACGCUGUAUCAUACGCUGUGAGUAAAACUGUUUUAUAUUCACUUCUAAAAGAUGAUGAAUCUACAAAUAUUGUAUUUUCUAGCGAUCGUUCAAAAUACGUAGUUGUGUAUGUUGUUGUGUAACAACCCUGCACAUGUCAUGCUAACCGGCUAAAUCACGCUUGUGUAGUUCUGUUGUUCAGCUGUGGACCCACUGUAGUCUGACAAUUUGUGAUUGAUGCAGCUUGACUAUCUCAUUAGUUGGAGUAAUGAUAAAGGAUGGCGUACGAAGCGGCUUUCACACCGAAUGCGGAAAGCGCUGUGCUAUGAAACCCAUUCGUUUCAAUUGCUUCCGCCCUGCGUGGACGGCUUGUUUCGGCCUCAACUAAAGCGGACGCGCAGCGGAGCAAAGUUCAAAUGAGUUGUUCAAAUGAACUUUUUCCGCUGCGCUCUGAAGGGCUGCACUGAACCCAGCGGCCAGUGCAGCGCUUUCCGCGUUCGGUGUGAAAGCCGCUUAAUGCAUUAUACAUUGCUGAAGUUUACAACAUAGAGGUGUGCUCGGUUCGGUUAUAAAAGCAAAUUGCGAGCACUUUCCACGGUAGACCGUGCUAACUUGUGGAUCAGCCACUUCAGCUGUUUCAUCAUCAGACCCUGGCUGGAAUCGAUGCCAUCUUUUUUAUGUAUUGACAAGUAUCCAGUGCUGUCAGUCAGUUAUGGCAAUGGGCGUUUCGUUUUCCGACACACCGUACGCGGUAGACCAAUCAUAAAGGACUGCGCCAUCUGACCAAUCACAGCAGUGAGGGCUCACGGAAAGGAGGGGUUUAGAGAGACUGAUUCCUCGAACUGCUUCGCACGAGUCGUUUAGGAAUCAUUUAGAAAUGGGGUAAAUUUAAAUCUAUUUUUGGAGAAAACUAAAGUGUUUUUUGACCUUGCAUACAUGUAAAUCUGUUUUGGGAGUCUAUUAAAACAAUAUUAGCAACCUUUAAAAUGGCAUAAUAGGGGCACUUUAAUAUUUCCGUGUGAACUCAUUAAAACGUACAAUCAAAUGAGUUUUUCAAAGUAUAUUUCCAAGUAAAACACUUUCCAUGGUCACUAACGGUCAAACCUAGGCCUACAGAUAUUUUUGUUGGAUGAGUGUUUGUACUUUUGCAUGUUUUCACUUGCAGGUUAUUUCCGAGCACUCGGUGCUCCUGGCUGCUGAUUGGCUAGACCCAGGAUAUCACAUCAUUGAAGAACCGUAUAAAUGUAUUCUGACGCAUCAUAUGAACAGCCUUUACUGGGGUGAUCUCUUUGUAGAAACCAAACAGAAUUAAUUUCAUCAGUAGCAAUGCAUUACUUCCUUUCUUUUCAGUCCACAGGAAAUCGUUCUGAGCGAAGCGUCAGCAGAUAUUACAGAUCAGUGUUGACUGUGCCCAAUGGGAUGUGGUUUGGGCCACAGGGUCAUAUCGACGUGUGUCCAAGGAGAACGUACGCUUCAGGGUUUAGUC